CCAAGUUCAUUACGUUGCCUUAACCUUCAGUGCUUUGUUUCCUUCUACUCUGUAUUCUCUCAUCUGGGGUCUUUUGUGCUUGCUUAAGAAAAAAGGAAAAAAAGUUCCUUUAUUGGAUGUAUAGGAGCGAGGCUAAGACCAUCCCUGCAUCAUAAUAUUGACAAGGGAGCCCUAUAGGAGUGGAAAUUAAUCUUCAAGUCUCCGCGGCAGGAAGGCCUUGAAUUUGCCAAUAUAUCUGAGAAAAGGAUUAUAGAAGUUUCAAGAUGCAGCAGCAUAUGGGACAGCUAGAGGAGGGGCUGAAGAUGAGGAAGGGGCAAUUAUAUGACAUUGAAAAAGAGAGGGAUCAAGCACUUGAUGAGCUGAAAGAGAUGAAAAAGGUGGCUGAGGAGGCCAACAUGAAGCUUAGUGAUGCAUUGUCUACAAAUAAGGUGGCACUUAUACAAAUGGAGCUGAAUUCAGUAAAAGACUCAUUGUCGAUUGUGAGUCAAGAAUUAAGCAACAAAGACAAGAAUUUCGAGUCUUUGAAAGUUGAACUCGAGAAGGCAAAACAGUUGGAGCUCAAUCGGGCAGAGAGGGACCCCUCAUCAGAUAAGUUCAAAGGGGAAUCAAGUAUUCUGAAAACCUGUGAGGCUAACACAAAAGCCUUAUUGUCCGAAAGUAAGAUCAGAAUUCAGGAAUUGGAGGCAGAAAUAAAGAAAGGAAAGGAAAUGGAAAAAAAAACAUUUGAUUCGAUGCUGGCACAGGCAGAACAACUCGAGCAAAACAAGAUUUUGCUUGAAGAGUCAAAGCUCGAGAUUGCUUCUCUCCGUGAGCAGGUGGAGAAAUUGAAGGGUUCAUACGGGCAAAGCAAUGCAUCCCAAAGUUGCUUGGAGGAAAACCUUUUGUUAAAAAAAGCAUUGGAGAAUCUCAACUCUGAGGUUCUAUUAGCAAACGAAACUUUGGCUCAUGCACAGGAGGGUGAGAGGCUUGCUUCCUCAAAGGUCAAGAGUCUCAUGGAGGAAAUAGAGUUGCUUAAAAAUGAAUUGAUGCUGGCAACUGAGGCAGAAGAGAAUGGCAAGACGGCAAUGGAUGAUUUGGCAGUAGUACUAAAAGAAGUGGCAACAGAAGCUCACGAGGUGAAGGAGAAACUGAGUGUAACACAAGCAGAGCUAGAGUACACAAAAGUGGAGGCAGAGCAUUUGAAGGUGCUGUUAAAGAUCAUGGAAGACAAGCAUAAAGAAGUUUUAGAUGAAUCAAGGAAAGAGGCCGAUCUAUAUAAAAAUACUGCAGAAAGGUUGAGAUUAGAAGCUGAAGAUUCACUCUUGGCAUGGAAUGGGAAAGAAACUGGCUUUGUUGAAUGUAUCAAAAGAGCUGAAGAUGAGAGGUUUGCUGCGCAAGAAGAGAACAGUAGACUGCUUGAAUUUCUUACAGAAGCCAGGAACAUGGUUACAGCAUCAAAGGAAGAAAAUCAGAAGUUGCGUGAUAUACUUAAACAGGCCUUAAAUGAAGCUAAUGUUGCGAAAGAAGCCGCAGGGAUUGCUCAGGUUGAAAAUUCACAACUUAAGGAUAGCCUGGCCGAAAAGGAGGACACCUUGAAUUACCUUACUCGAGCGACUGAGAACCUUAGGAUAAAUGAAGCUGCUGCUUUUGGGAACAUCAAAGCGAUGAACCGGUUGCUUUCUGAGACAUCAAAAACAGAGUUAAAGAAAGACGAUAAGGAUAAAUCAUCGAGAAAGGAGUCAAAGAAAGAAGAUAAGGAACUAAGAAGGAAUUUCAGGACUCAAAAUUCAAUAGAUAAAGAACGUAUAGAUGGCAACAUAAGCAAAACUACUAGUUUUAAUCUCAAGGAGAUGAAACUUCACAAUAAACAGAAGGAUGUGAAUGAGGGCCCUGAAAAUGAUGAGGCAAUAUUUGACAUUUUAACUUCACAAGAUUUAGCAGCCCAUCACAGGAUAAAGUCAUCUUCUGUAUCCAUAGAUGAUGGACAGAAAGUACAAUUAGAAGAUUUUUAUCAUCUAGAUGCAACCCUUUCUGAUGAUUUUGACAAUGAUAGAAACUCAAGAAAGAAGAAAGCAUUACUACGGCGAUUUGGAGAUCUUAUACGAAGAAAAAGUUCCCCCCCAACCGAAACCAUCAAUUGAAUAGACACUUUGGGAGUACACAAAUUUUUCUUACCACCUCAGUUUUGAUUCUUGCAGUAGAUUAGUCAUCUAGAUUAUUUAUACCAAAAAAAAAAAAACCUUGCCACAGGAAACUUAUGAUAUGAACACGCUCCCCAAUCAUCUAUAAUUAUGUACAGUCAAUUCAUCAUUUAUACAGGGAGAGUGAAUA